UCAGUGGCCCUUUGCAUGUAACCAGACCUCUGCAGAAAAUCUCAACGAUAACCCAAGAUGGCACAACCUUUAAAGACUCUGAGGCAGCCCAGACAAAGAUAGUAUCAUUGUUGUUUUUUGGUUGGGCACAUACAAGUGUGGUGACAGCUAAAUGUAUCUUCACCUUUUUCUAACUGACUUUUGUUAAAAAGCUAUGCUAUUAGGUGGGUCUCCUCCUUAAUGGCUUCACGAUGUUUUACUUCUGCCGAGCUCAGCAGAAGCCGUCCAGCAGCAUGAUGAUCUACCUGAAGAACUUGACGGUCGCUGACUUCCUGCUCUGUCUCAGUCUCCCAAUCCGCAUCGCCAACUACGCCACCAGCUCUGCCACCAUCCACCAAGUCAACUGCAACUUGGGCGCCUCAGUCCUCUUGCUCAACAUGUACGCCAGCAUCAUCUUCAUGGGCUACAUAGCCACUAACAGGUAUCUGAAGGUAGUCCAACCUUUAGGAACUCACAUCCUUCAGUCAGCGCGGGUCGCUCACAUCAUCUCCACGGUAACCUGGGUUUUCUUCCUGACUGUGACAUGCAGCUACAUCAUCCUGUCGUUCCACACCCAGGAACCUUUUUCCUCUGUCCCAGUGAGCUGUCAAGGCUUUCACAGUGGCCAGCACACCUUGCUCUUUAGGAUCAUACAUGUCUCCUCCACCGCCUUGUUCCUGUGUGUCCUGGUCUCUCUGGUCUUCUUUUACUACAGCACCUCUCGCAGGGUGUCGCUGGCGCAGCAGAGGCAGCCGGCGUCCUCCAACUCCAUGAAGCUUGCAAAGUCGCGCAGGAAUAUGUUAGUGCUGGUCAGUGUCUUCUGCUUUUGCUUCGUCCCCUACCAUCUGAUUCGCCUUCCCAAAGCUUUCCUGUGGAGGCAUUGUUCAUGGAGCAAGGUUUUCUACUAUGGGAUGGAGCUUACCGUCGUAAUGUCUGUUCUCAACGUCUGCUUGGACCCAGUCAUCUACUUCAUCCUCUGCAAGGGGUUCAGAACCCAGCUUAGGCUGGGAGUGGUGCGUGGAAACUGAUAAUACCCGCUCAUAACAUUUUAACUGCCAAUAAUGUAAUAAACUAAAUGUAAUAACUGCAAAUAAAGUUAUAAACAAAAUGUA